CAUCCGGGCUUUGAGCGGAUUCUUUUCCUCCUCCCACGCUUGCCACGCGUCACUCACGGCAGCGCCGGAAGGCGAUCCGGGGGCUGAACUGCUGGGUGGGAGGAGGAAAAAGUCGGUGCAGCCGCCGGCAGGGAAGAGACCGGGAAUGUCCAGAAGAGAAUUGAUAAGAGACGGAAGCAGCAACACCAGUGCUGUCUCCAAUAUGUAUUUUGGACAGUGUCAGUAUACAGCUGAUGAAUACCAGGCUAUCCAGGCUGCCUUGCGACAGAGGCUGGGCCCAGAAUACAUCAGCAGCCGGCAAGCUGGAGGAGGACAGAAGGUUUGCUAUAUUGAGGGACAUAGAGUCAUCAGUCUGGCCAAUGAGAUGUUUGGUUACAAUGGCUGGGCUCAUUCAGUCACUCAGCAGAAUGUUGAUUUUGUUGAUCUAAAUAAUGGCAAGUUUUAUGUGGGUGUCUGUGCCUUUGUGAAAGUCCAACUUAAGGAUGGGUCAUACCACGAAGACGUUGGCUAUGGAGUAAGUGAAGGCUUGAAGUCUAAGGCUUUGUCCCUAGAAAAAGCAAGGAAAGAGGCAGUUACAGAUGGAUUGAAAAGGGCACUGAAGUGCUUUGGUAAUGCUCUUGGGAACUGCAUUCUGGACAAAGACUACUUGCGAUCAGUGAAUAAGCUUCCCCGUCAGAUGCCCCUGGAUUUGGAUUUGGAUAAAGCAAAAAGACAGGACUUUGAGCCUGCUAUAGAGAAGGCAAGAUACAGGAGCUGCUUGCAGAAGAAAAGUGAAGGCCAGCAGCCAUUCGUCACCACCACUCCUGGCAAAUCAGAUCCAUCGGAAUUGUCCAUGAACACAGCGGAACAGAACCAGCAAAUUAGCAGGGUGUCUCUGCCCUCGGAGUGUGAUGCCACAUACCAGCGGAAGUUACGACAGAAGCAACUCCAGCAGCAGUUCAGGCAGCAGAUGCAGGAGAAACAGCAGAUCCAGCCAGGCACUCCAGCUGGCAAAGGCAGCAAUCAAGAAGCACAUAACCCCACUUCUGUGAAACCCAACACUUUAGCAGCACACCUGGGAUCCAGUGUGGAAGAGGAAUUUCUUGCUGAUGAUCCUGAGCUUUGGGACUUGCCCUUGGAGGCCACUGACUUUGUUACGAAUCACAGUGCAGCAGCUGUGCCAGCACAACACUUGAGCACACCUCUUGGGCAAUACCAUGUGAUGACUCGCAGCAAAACACCUCAAGGAAUAAUGCAUCAGAGGUCAUGUGCAAAACCUGGACCCUGGCAUCCUUCCACUAGCCACAACCCUUAUUCACCAGCAGAGUGCAGUCCAUACAGGAGGAGUCAAGGGAUGAAGAAAAGAAGACUGGAGCCCUCUUAGCACAAGAUAGCCUUGCUUAUGAUUGUGCCUUAUUUGUCCAGAUUUUAUUCAAAGUGCUGUUGCUAUUUCUCCAGACAUGCAAUUUGGUUAUUUGGAUAACACUUCAGAAUGGAGAAUAUUCUCCAAGCAUUGACAUCUAGGGUUUUUCUUGGUUUGGUUUUGUUGGGGGCGGGGGGGGGGGGUUGCAAUAUUUGAUUAAAUGAUACUUUCACUUCAGCUCUUAUCUUCAGGUUAAUGUAAAUAUAACUCUAGAUCCAAAUACAAAUGUACUUUUCCUAGCUCACCUUAUUUUAACAGAGAGAGCAAUUAUAACAAGUGUGAACCUGGCACACAGACCUCUUAGUGUGGCCAGACGGAUGUGUGUGUAAGAAUCAAGGUUAAAUUAGUUUUAUACUUUUCACCAUAAUGUGACCUUAUAUCUGGAAAAAUGAAUAAAGAUCUAAAGUUACCAUCAA